AGUCGGAUUUGUUUAUUAGUAACACCGUGGGAACAGCUGUCGGCUAGGAACUACAGCUACCCUUCUGGCUAACGGAACUUUGAUUGAAUUAUAAGACUUAUUCCCGCUGUUUUACAAUUCACGGGUUGAUUGGAGGACUGUUGCCAUGGAGCCAGCUUGCCGUAAAGACAAGCAAAAGCUGAACUCCACCCCGACCAGAGGAGACCGAGCCAGGCAGAAAUCUGCACAGCAAGAGCACAAACAGCGGCAGAGAGCAGAGAUUUAUGCCCUGAACAAGGUGAUGACGGAGUUGGAGCAGCAGCAGUUUGAGUCCUUUUGUAAACAGAUGCAAUCGCAAGGAGAAUGAUGACAGCUGCCUUCCUCUUCCGUCUGGACCAGGACCCUGCAGAAGCCCCGUGGACGCACGCUAUCGCCUCCAUGCAGUCAGACACUUCCGCUUAUGCCGACGUUCAGCAAGACAAUCGUUGCUCUUGCUGGUUUACAUCCGAUCCAGUAGUUAUGUGUACAUUUUAAAUUGGAGAAGUAUUUUUGGAUCUUUACUGGUCAGCAUUCAGUGGCUUUAUUUCAGACACUUAUGUACACAACUUAUGUACCACAUUUCAACAGUCACUGCAAUGUUGCUAAAACAUGUUACACAAUACUAUAAAAGUACAGCUAUACAACUAUGAAACAAACUACAGGAAUAUGAACACAUGAUCUCCUGUACAGUGGAUGUAUGUUCCAUCAGUGUGACCAAUCACAUCAGGUGUGACAGGUUAUUAUUCACUGAUGCUACAUGUCUCAGAAUGCUAUAAUUUAAUGUUAUUUUAUGUAGUAAAUGUUCAAGUGGAACUCCUCUUACGCUGUCUGGUAUUUUAAUUUGGAUAAUAUUUGAAUGUGAUUAGAAAAAUAUGGAGCGCCGAAAGAAAUGAGAAGACGAGUAAACUAAUAUCCAAAAAGGAUUUAUAAUCUUAGAGAAACUCAGGGUUUCUUAAGCGUUUUCCUCCUCUCCGGUUGAAUUAACUCAACUUUUCACUAAUCCCACUUUCUGAAUAUACCAGAGAGUAUUGUUUUUUAUUAAUCACCCCGAUUUUUAAACGGGAACAACUGCAAGCAGAGUUUCAUGUUUCAGAGAUUAUGUGUUAAUGGUGCUCACUUCCACCACUAUCUUGACUGUAAGAUGUUUAUAUUAACUUCCACUCGCACUGAAGUUAUACCUUUUUUAUUUAAUGCAAAUAAAAAGUGAGGUUUUUUCAAGAUAAA